UAAAUUGUUAAUGUCAAAUUCGUUUUGGUCUUAUUCCACCUCCAGGCUUUCUUUCCAACUUUUCUCCUCAACCGAUAUAAUUUUUUCCUAGAAAUUUUCUGUACUUCCGCAAAAUAUUGGGGUUUCUUAACCUCGAGUGCGUGUAAUAAUUCUGGUAGCCUGCCUUGCGCAACGAAUUCGUCUCCAUCACGGUGUAAGAAGAACAAUGGUGUCCGUGGUCAAAGAUAAGGCCGAGCUCGACAUGCGCAUUUCCAGCGCCGUCAAGAAAAUUGUCAUCUUGGACUUCUUUGCCAACUGGUGUGGACCGUGCAAGGUCUGUGCUCCCAAGCUAAACGUUUUGGCCGAUCAAUACUCCGAACACGUAAUGAUCUUGAAAGUAAAUGUCGAUGAAAAUGAAGAUAUCGCCGAGGACUUUAACAUAACCAGCAUGCCAACGUUCAUACUGAUCAAGGAGGGUGAAGUUCUGGAUACCAUCAUUGGGGCCAAUAUGGAUAAGCUAAAGAAGUCCAUGGAUAAGCAUAUCGCCGAAAAUGAAGUGGAUGGUGCCGCUGCCGAUGAGGAAGUCUCGAUCGAAGAGGACCCGCAGCAGCAGCAGAACUCACCCAUUUUAUAUGGUGGCCAAGGAGAAAUAGAGAGCCAGGAUCAUGAAAAGAACUAAAGAGGAAAAGCCUGUACUACGCUGGGCACAGGAUAUCCCUAUAUAUAAACAGGACACGUAACACAUACAUAUAUACACUUAUAUAUAUAUACGAGAAAUCCUGUGGCCCAUUUCUGAAGAUUAUUUAACUUAUAAAAACAUAGCCUAGGCUCUGGUGAUCAGUUAAAGAA